AUGAAGACAACAGAUGCUAGAAUGACGGCGAAUGCCAUCAAGACCCCAAUACAACCUAUGUCAAAAAAUACUAAGCAUAAAUGUCUCCCAGUAGAUUGGAUGGAGAGGUUGCCUCUCAUAGAAGGAAAACCUAAAUUGCAACCAGUUCAGCGGCCAAAUAAUAUCAGCUGCCCGGAAUCGUAUAAGAAUGAUAAUUAUUUUUUAAAGCUCAAUAGGAAAAAACGGACACGUUUAACACGCAGUCGCUGUCACAAGCAUGCAGGACCGGAUCAAUCACCUGAAGCUUGUCCAUCGCACUAUGAAACGAUAAAAAUGCCGAUUCCGACAAGAAUUACUCAUCGACAACAACUAUUUUCUAAAACCGCGAGCACCACUCCCCACAUUAAUACGCUUUAUUCUGACAGAAGAAGGUCCCAUGAGCCUACGAACUGUAUCAAGAUAUCUACCGAUAUAAAAACGAAUAAACAGACUGUUCCUUCAUUAUUUUUAACUAAUGCUUGUCACAUUCUGAAUAAAAUGGAUGAGCUCAGCUCAGUUGCGGAAAUUAAUGAUCCUGACCUUAUAUGUAUUUCUGAGACCUGGCUAGAUCCCAGCAUAUACGAUGGAGUUAUAUCUAUUGGACCUAACUAUACUCCGUACCGAAAAGAUAGAGGAACACUUGGCGGCGGUUUAAUUACUUAUGUUAAAACUGCAAUACCUUCUAGCCGCUUGUUUGACAUGGAAGAGGAAGGCAAAGAGGCUCUGUGGCUAUUGUUGAAACCACAAAGACUUCCAAGGCCUUUCAGUUGCAUUGUUAUGGUUGCAGUUUAUUAUCCCCCAGGUCAAGCGGCUAUAAAUGAGAUAACUAUGAUUGAUUACCUUAUUAAUGGAAUCGACUUUAUUCUACAAAGCUAUCCCUCUGCUGGAAUUAUAAUCGCUGGAGACUUUAACAAAAUGAAAUUAGGAACAUUAUGUAAUUGUUUUGAUUUGAGGAAAAUUGUUAAGAAACCAACUCGCCAGAACAAUACUUUAGAUCAGAUAAUGACUAAUAUGUCGCCACUGUUUCAAGAAGUGCAACAUCUUCCUCCCUUAGGUCGAUCGGAUCACCAAUGCCUCCUUUUGAAUCCAAAACAUCGGACGAGUACACGCCCAAUAACUAAAACAUUUCGAUCGAUGAAACGUUCAAACUUAAUAGCUCUCGAGCUAAGACUAAGCAGAACUGUCUGGGAUGCAGUAUACGAAGCAGAAGACGUAGAUGACAAAGUCUCAAUUUUCAAUGGAGUUAUUAGUCAAGCUCUAGACGGAUGUAUGCCUCUGAAAUCCAUACGCCUACAUCCCACGGAUAAACCUUGGAUGACUCCGAACAUUAACGCAAAGAUUAAGCUUAGAAAACGGGCUUUUACUCGUGGCAACAUGUCCCAGUAUAAAAGUGCACAAGUAAAAGAUAUGAUUAGGAAAACCAAAUCAAAUUACUAUCAAAAUAAAGCUAAAACAUUCCGCACAUCUGACCCUGCGAAAUGGUACAAAGCAAUUUAUAAUCUGUCCGGAGUAAGUAGUCAGCAUGAAGGCCUAACAGUAAACUCCAUGGGUAGCGAGGCCGCUUUAGCAGAAAAAUUUCAAAUAUCCUUUACUGAACCUUGGAAAGACCUAAUUACAACAAGUAUUCCCCAACUAGAUGAAGUUGAGUCACUUCUCAAAAACUAUCCUCCCCCUCUACCUAGUAUUGGCCAGAUUAAGAGCGUCCUAAAUCACCUUAAUCACUCGAAAGCAACAGGAGCCGAUGGUGUUCCAGCAUGGUUACUUAAACGAUUCUCUAGCGUUCUAGCGCCGAUUGUUCAUGACAUCAUUACGGCUAGCAUUAAACAGUGUAAGUAUCCAAGUCAUUACAAACAUGGCCUGGUCACACCUGUACCUAAAGCAUACCCACCAACUAACGUUGGUAACGAUUUUAGACAAAUCUCUGUUUUGCCACAUAUUGGGAAAAUCCUAGAGAGAGAGUACAACUACAACUCAAUCAAAAUGACAUCACAGUACGUCCCAGUCAACAUGGUUUUACUAGUGGCCGCUCUACUACAUCGGCUUUGAUAUCCAUCACACAGCCAUGGUUUAAUGCUACUGACAAUACCUGCCGUGACAAAGCAGGCAUCCAUGCCCUCUUUAUCGACUUUAAAAAAGCCUUUGAUCUAGUUGAUCAUGGGAUCCUGUUGAAUAAACUUGCAUUGAUGAAUGUUAAUAAAAGCUUCUGGUUGUGGGUCAAAAGCUUCUUAUCUGGUAGAACUCAGCAGGUCAAGAUAAAUCAAACACUUUCAUCGAUCGAGGGUUGCCCAGCUGGAGUACCGCAAGGAUCUGCUCUUUCGCCGACUUUAUUUAAUAUCCACAUUGACGACUUAGAUACGAGUGUUCCUGAAGAUCUUGAGGUGAGCACAUAUAAAUAUGCCGAUGACUGCACACAAAGCGAAUGCAUCAUGAAGGGAGAGUGUAGCAACAUGCAGAAAGUCUUAGACUCCGUUCAGAACUGGUCAAACGCUAAUAGAAUGAAGUUGAACGCAAAGAAAACGAAAGAUAUGUGGAUUUGCUUUGGGAAAUCUAUCCCACAGCCUCCCAAUCUUUAUAUCGGGGAUGUUAUGAUCGAAAGAGUUAAUUCAUUCAAGUUACUUGGUGUUAGCUGUCAAAGUAACAUGAAAUGGAAUUCUCACAUCAAAGAAAUUACUCGUAAGGGAAACAGGAGACUGUGUCAUCUAAGGCAGUGCAGGAAGGCUCACCUUCCUACUGAAGUAGGAUUGGCAACUUACUGCACCAAAAUUCGUCCACUGCUUGAAUAUGCCGCACCAGUUUGGGGUGGCCUACCUCACUAUUUAGUGAACGACCUUGAGCGUAUUCAAAGGAGAAGCUUACGUAUUAUUGGUUUACCGGUCGAUACACUUCCCCCGCUUAGUGAGAGAAGAGAUAAGCUAACUCUUCGAGAAAUGGAGGCAAUUACUCAGGACGUAAACCAUCCCUGUCACCACCUUGUCCCUAUCGCACAGAAGCAUGACUAUUCCACUAGAACUAAAGAAAGAGGUUCUAAUGUAGGUCGCAUUAUUUCCAGAACCGAAAGACAUAAAUCAUCGUUUAUGCCUCGUGAAAUUAAACUUUUUAAUAAUAAACUUUAA